AUGCAGAGCUAAUACUCCAAGUGUUGGUAAAGAAUAUCGAAAGAUAUAUUAAAAGACACCAAUAAUACAGGAGACCUCUACAUUAAAAAGAUCAUAGACUCCUAUAAGAAAACAAAGAAGGAUGAGUCCAUGCUAUUUGAGGAUUUUACUAAGGGUAGGUAUCUCAAGACAAGGAAAAAUAACUCCAACAAGAAUGUCAGAUUUGACAUUAGUAAUGCGCAAAACUCUACAAGCUAAAUUAGUCAAGGGGAAAUGUAGAGCAAUAAUAAUGAUAUAAGUCAAAUUUACACUUAUGACAAAGCUAAAGUAAGUUGGAACAAUCUUAAUAAUAAUCAUCCAGAUGGUGGCAAUAAAAAUUAAUAGAAUCAAAAUAAUCUUAACAACAAUGAUGAACCUAUUUAGAUAUAAGACAUGUCAGAUGAUUCCAUUAUAGAGGAAUCUGAAAGCAAUGGGAGAAAAGUCAAAAGAAUAGACUAUAUUCGAAUGAACAAAGAUUUAAUCAAGAAAAUUAAAACAAAUAACAAAAGUCUACAUAUCUUCUCCAAUCGUGCAAUAAAUAGUCCUCUUUCAAUCAAAAGUAAGCAAUCAUCAUCAAAAUCACGAAGCGGAAUAAGUUCCCCUCAGCCCUUAAGAUUAAAGAUAAAAAGUAAGGUAAGAUGCAAUCUUAAUCAGACUCAACUUAUUAAAUCAGAUCGAUCAGAUAUUUUAAGCAAGUAUCUGAUCUAACAAAAAUCAGGAGCAGUUGACUUAACCCCUAAAUAACCUAAUAAACAUCAAAUCAGACUUAAAAUCAAUAAUAUCAAGGAUGAAAAUCACCUGGUAUCAACUGAAUUCAAGAAAAAACUUAAAAAAUAUGCAGUUUUGAUCAAUAAAUAGCUGUUUAGUGACUCUAAAAACAUGAGUCCUACUUCUUCAUAGACUAAUAACAUCCUUAAGAGAUCUAAGUUUAAUGAAAAACUGCAGUAAUAGAUUAAACUUUAGGAUUAAUAUCAACUAGAUAACUUGAACAAGGAUAUAAUGGACAGGCAAUAUGUAAAUAAUACAGCCACUACUAAUAUUACGAAUUUCAUGUUAAGAGAUGAUACAAACACUGAGAUUGGAUUAGGUAUAGGUAGUGGAAGGGAAAGAAAUAAGAGGAUGAGUAAAAGUACAUAAAAUAUCACUGAUAUUUAUUGUAAAAGCAUUAGGGGUAGGAAGAGAUCAGAAGACAGCGCCAAUUUGACUCAAUACAUGAUACCUACUCCCACCAAUGCAUAGAAAUCAUUCAUUCAUCAUCACCAUCACAAGAAUAUACUAAGCUUGUAAGAUCUGCCUUAGUAAAUGAUGAGUGACGAUGUUAGAAAAGAGGAGAUUGAGAUUUUGGGAAUCAAAAGGAUUAGACUAAGAAAAAUGAGAGCUAUUGAUUAUCUGAAUUCUUUCACUAGCUAAUUUGAUCCCCUAUAAAAUACUUAGGCUGUCCAAUGA